GUGCGCCGUGACGUCACCGCGCCGCGAGUCUCGUGUGUUUACGUGGAGAAACAUGGCGGCGACGGUGACAGCAAAGCCCGAGUAAAACACUGAAGAAAUUCCAAAGAUUUACCGUCUGAACCGAAGCGGACGCACAUGUCAGCGCUCCGCGUUUAGUGCCAGGCGUGCGGCGCUUUUCUGACGCGCGUCUGUCCGUGUUUAAGCCGCAGGAACCGCAGAGAUGAUGGAAGACGAGGAGCGACAGAGGAAACUACAGGCCGGCAAAGCCAAGCUGGCCGAGUACCGGCAGAAGAAAGCUCAAUCCGAUGGCCAGAAGAAGCAGAAGAAGAAGAAAAAGAAGCCGGAGUCGGACGUGGAGGAGCAGGGGAGAAAUGAGGGCGAGGAGCAGGGAGGAGAUCAGACCACCGUGUUUUCUCUCUCGAAGACCCUCCGGAGCGGAGAAACCGUCACACACGACCAGACCUACACCAUAGAGCCCGAGAGUGAAGUCUCAACGACAGCUGAAGACUGUUCAUCUGAGGUAAAUGGUUUCCACGAGAGGACAGAGAGUGAUUUGACAGCCUCUGUGAUCGGGGAGGAAGAUCUGCAGCCGUCCGAAGCGCACUUGGAGCCUCAGAGCCGCAUACAGAUCAUGGAGGACGAGCUCGCCGCUAAGAACAUGGCCAUGGAGGAGCUGAGCCGCGAGCUGGAGGAGAUCAGGGCUGCGUUUGGAGCUGAAGGAGUGCAGCAGCUGCAGGACUUCGAGGAAGCGCUGAAACAGAGGGAUGAAAUCAUCACGCAGCUCACCGCGAAUCUGCAGCAGGCGCGAACCGAGAAGGAGGAGGUGAUGAGGGAGUUCCUGGAGCUGACGGAGCAAAGCCAGAGACUCCAGAUUCAGUUCCAACAGCUGCAGGCCGGUGAGAUACUGCGGAGCUCCAACAUCAGCUCCAACGCUGCAGAUCUGCUCCAGGCCCGUCAGCAGAUCACGCUGUACCAGCAACAGCUGGACGAGAGGGACGCACAGGUCAGAGGUCACCAGGAGAAGAGGCAGGAGCAGCUUCUAUUGAUCGCGCAGCUUCAGGAGAGUCUGAGUGAAGCCGAGAGGGUCCGCACACAAGCUGAAGAAUCGUUUACUCUGAGUUUACGAGAAAAGGACUUACUGAAUACCGAACAUCAGCGUCUGAUAACACAGCUUCAGGAUCAGCUUCUGACUUCCAAACAACAAGUGGAGGAAGCCAACAAACAUCUGUCUGCGAAAACCCAAGAACUAGACAACUGCGAAAAAGAGCUCUCCGCGUCCAGACAGAAAGAGCGCAUGUCGUCCGGAGAAAUCCUGCAGCUCAUGAAAACCGUCGAGGACCUCCAGCAGCGCUGCCACCAGGGAGGCCAGUCGGAGAGCGAGACGCUCCGGAGAAUCGAGGACGACUGGAGCCGACGAAUGGAGCAGCUGCGAGCCGAACUGGACGAGAUGUACGGACAGCAGAUCGUGCAGAUGAAACAGCGAAUCCGAGCGCAGCACGGCUCGGAAACGGAGAAGAUCGUCCAGCAGCAUCAGUCGGAGCUGGAGAGGUUUAAAGCUCAGCUGUUCCAGAGCACCGGAGGCGUUAACGUGCUAAACGUGAAGGUCAUCGAGCUCCAGCAGAAGCUGCAGGAGACGCAAGUGUUGCGCGAAAAGGCGGAGCAGGAGCAAACGCAGACGAGGGCAGAAAAACUCGGUCUGGCGCAGGAGGUGGAGCGUUUGCGCAAAGAGCUGCAAAGAGCGGAAAUCCAGAGCCCAGAGAAAAUGCAGCAAGCUAUUAGCGACCUGCAGGCGCAGCUUGAUUUGGCGCACGAAGCCAACGGCGAACUAGAAGCCAAGCACGAAUCGGAAAUCACCAACUAUAAGAUCAAGCUCGAGAUGCUGGAGCGGGAAAAAGACGCGGUGCUCGACCUCAUGGCCGAAUCGCAAGAGUCCGAGCUGGAACGCCUGCGAACGCAGCUCUUGUUUAGCCACGAGGAGGAGCUCUCCCGACUUCGCGACGGCCUUCAACGGGAAAGCCAGCUCAACGUGGAGAACUUGCGCAACGAGAUGGGCGUGAGGCACCGCGAGGCUUUGGACGAUUUUGAGGACAAGCUGCGGUCGGUGGAGAGCGAGAGAUCGGCGUUAGCUUCGGAGAGACUCGCGCUGCUCGAGGAGAUCGUUGCGUUGAAAGACGACCUGAAUCGGGCGAUGGAGAGCGAGGAGCUGGUCGCGCAACCGAAGGAGCUGCAAGCGGAAGUCGAGCGCUUGAGAGCGGAAAGCGAAGAAAAACAGUCGCACCCAACCGAGCGUGAAAACCUUCUGCAGAAAAUCAACCACCUUUCCUCGGAGAACGAAGAAAUUUGUACGCGACUGAAAGACCUGCAGGAUGAGAUCGAAAAGCAGAGAAACACGUUCUCCUUCGCUGAGAAGAACUUCGAGGUGAACUACCAGGAGCUGAAGGACGAGUACACGUGCCUGGUGAACGCUAAGCUACAGCUGGAGGAGCGCCUGCUCAGAGAAGCCAUGGAGCACGAGACGAAGCUCAGGGAUCUUCAGACGAGACACGAGGAGGUGGAUGGGAAGACGCUGAUGGAGAAAGACACCACCGAGCUGAUGGAGAAGCUGGAGACGGCCGAGAACGAGAAGAAGAGCUUGACGGAGCGGCUCUCGCUGAUGGAAGUUGAUGUAAAACGUCUUGAAGAGGAGCUCAAGAAGACAUCGACUGAAAAAGUCACUUCUGAACUGAUGGAGAAGCUGGAGACGGCCGAGAAUGAGAAUAGAAAGUUGGUGGAGCGUCUCUCGCUGAUGGAGCUGGAGACGCUGAAGAGAGGCAGAGAUGAAGCGCUGGGGUCUGACCGUAGCGUCGCUGGUGGGCUGUGCUCUGUAGAGAAGCAUCACGCGCAGAUCUCAUCUUCACGGGAGGAACUGGAUGCUCUUCGCUCGUCCCCCUCCUCUCCGACAGCAGCGCAGGAGCGGAGGGAGAGAGAGACGCCUGCGAGGACUUCACACACACACACAGCAGCGCACGAGGAGCAGCUAUCAGCGUCUGACCGACUCCCGCCGCAGGUGGAGACGGCAGGCGCUCAGGCCGAUGGAGACGCGGUCCGAGCCUCGCUCAUGAUGCAGCCGCGGGAAAUGCACGGCGCUGAGCAUGAGGAGUGUCGUCUGCAGCUGGAGGCUCAGCGCAUCAGUCUGUCUCAGAUCCACGCCGCGCAGCUGGAGCUGCUCAGAGAGAGUCUGUCUGCGCAGACGAGGAGAGAGAACGGCCAUCCCACAGAGCUGAAGGCAGAGUUUGAGGAGUGUUUGGAGCGUCUGGAGGAGAGACAGCGGCAGGAGAUCGAGCGGCUGAAGAGCUACUAUCAGCAGCAGAUGGAGGAGACGCAGGAGCGCUUCACCGCCGAGAUCCUCCUGCUGCAGAGGAGACUCCAGGAGCUCACAGGAGCCGGAGAGGUCUUCAGCAUGCCGAGCGUCUGUCCACCGCUGACGAGAGACGAGGGCUGUGAACGUCUUCAGGAGGAGGAUGAGGAGGAGAGACUGAGAGACCCGUCUCCUCCGGAGGAACCCUGUCUCGGACGCCUGGAGGAGGAGAUCGCCAAGGUGAUCGUGCAGAUGUCGGUUGAGUUCGCCCAGCAGACCGAACAGGCCCGGAUCAGCAAACAGGCCCGCGAGACCAGCACCGGCAUACAGACGGACAACAGCGAGGAUGAGGAACACCGACUGAACUCUGUGAGCCUGAUGAAGUCUCCUGAAGAAGAGCAGACCUUCAUCACUGAACACCGAACAGGUGAGGAGGAGGAUGAAGAGUUCAGAGAUGAGAGAGAAAUCCCUUCUGAGGCGUUCAGUGAGGAGCUGAAAGACACGGAGAUCCCAGCAGCUGAUGAUGAUGAUGAAGAGGACUUGCGCUCUGAGUUCAGAUCGUCACACACUCUUCAGCUGGAGAACACACUCCUGACGGCUCAGACACACACACUCAGCCAGCAGCUCCUGCAGACGGAGCUGGAGCUGCAGCGGAUGAAGGAGAGAGAAGACGAGACCGAGAGACGGAGAGAUGAACACCUGCUUCCCAGCAUGCAAAGCUGCAGCACACAGACAGAGCAGACGAGCGAGGAGGAGGAGGAGGAGGAGGAGGAGGAGGUGACGAAGGGCAGAGGGCAGGGAAGAGCCGUGACAUCGGACCCAGAGCUCUCGUCUGAUGUCUUCACCACAGAGAGGGAUGCGCUGCGUGAGGCGAACGCUCGUCUGCGUCUGGUGCUAAACGAGGUACUGAAGACGACGGCGGCGGCGGAGGAGACCAUCGGCCGUCAUGUGGAGGGGAUCCUGGAGGCGUCCAGUAAGGGUCAUCUGAGAUCUGUGAAAGCAUCAGAUGCGUCCUCUGAGAGUUUCCUCAGCAGAGAGACGGCUGCUGAUGACGGCAGUCUGUUUUCAGCAGAGGCCGAGAGCGAUGAAGGGCUGGAGCUGUCGCUGAAGAUCCAGGGGGCGGAGCUCCCGCCGGAGAGGGAGGAGUUUCUGAUGAGCAUCAGCACACGCCUGCAGAGCGCCGUAGAGAAGCUGCUCAUCGCCAUCACUGAGACCAGCACUCAGCUGGAGCAUGCGCGGAUCACACAGACGGAGCUGAUGAGAGAGAAGUUCAGACACAAUGAGGAGAUGGAGGAGCUGCAGCGCAGACAGGAGGAGCUGCAGGAGCGUCUGGGAGAGGAGGCGCGAGCUCGGGAGCAGCUGGCACUGGAGCUGCACAAAGCUGAAGGUUUGAUUGACGGCUACACCGGCGAGCGUCUGGCGCUGGAGCAGCAGAUCCACGAGCGCGCCGAGCUGCAGCUGCAUCUGGAGCAGGAGCUGUGUGUGACCGCUAGCCGUCUGCGUGAACUCGAGCAGGAGCGCCAGCAGGUCCACCACGAGCGCGAGCUGAUGUCUCGCCAGCAGGACGCCAUGAGAGAAGGGGCGGGACCUCGAGAGCUGCGACUAGUUGAGGCUGCUCUUGACGCAGCACCUGAAGCAGACCUGCUGGAGGAGACGGAGAAGCUGAUGGCGGAGAAGGUGGAGGUGCAGCGUCAGGCGCAGAAGGAGAGCGGAGAGCUGCUGCAGCAGGUGAAGCAGCUGGAGGCGGAGCUGGAGGAGCAGGUGAGCCGUCUGCAGGAGCUGCAGGAGAUGCACGGCGCCGAGACGGCCGACCUGCGGCAGCAGAUACAGGCCUUAGAGAAGCAGCUGGAGAACAACCGCAAGUUCAUGGACGAGCAGGCGGCGGACAGGGAACACGAGCGAGACGUCUUUCAGCUGGAGAUUCACAACCUGGAGCAGCAGCUGAAGAAUCCCACCAAAACACAGACGGGGGGUGACCGGCGGGACAGAGAGGUGCAGGAGCUGAGCGCGGCGCUGCAGGAGAAGGCAGACUGGUGCAGUGAGCUGCUGCUGAGCUCGGAGCAGCUGCAGAGAGAUGUGUGUGAGAGAGACGAGGAGAUCGAGACGCUGGGAGCACGCCUGAGGGAGCUGGAGCACACGCUCAUGCACAGGGUUGAGGAGGUCCAGCAUGUGUCCAUGGCGGGCAGAGCAGACGUCACACUGGAAGCACAGCUGCAGACAGAGAGAGAGGCUCUGGACAGGAAGGAGAAAGAGAUCGUGAAUCUGGAGGAGCAGCUGGAGCAGUUCCGUGAGGAGCUGGAGAACAAGAGCGAGGAGGUGAAUCAGCUCCACAUGCAGCUGGAGAUCCAGAGGAAGGAGAUCAGCAGUCAUCAGCAGGAUCUGCAGGCGCAGGCCCGGCUCGCACAGGUGUUGGAGGAGAAGGACAGGCAGAUAGCCGUCCUUAACGAACAGCUCGCUAAACGUCAGCACGCGGGAACAGACCCUGAGAAAGAGGCGGUGGAGGAGAAGGAUGAGCUUCUCGGCGAGCUGGAGGCGCAGGUGGAGUGUCUGCGGAGCGAGCAGCAGCGUCUGAAGAGGAACAGCGAGGAGGAGGUGGAGCAGCUCAACGCCGUCAUCGAGAAGCUGCAGCAGGAGCUGGCGCUCAUCGAGCACAAGCAGCCGCAGGACGAGUACGACGAGAUGAAGCAGAGGAUGGAGGAGGCUCUGCGGGAGAAGACGGCCACGCUCGUGGUGCUGCAGGCCCAGGUCCAGGCGCUGGAGGAGAGCGCAGGGUCACAGGUCAUGAGCUUGAGUCGCCGGGUGGAGGAGCUGGAGACCAGCGUGGAGGAGAGGGACUCGGAGCUGCGCGCGUGCAGGUUGAAGGUGGAACAAGUGCAAACGGAGGCCGACGCUCUGUGUGCUAAAGUGGCUCAGCUGGAGGAUAAUCUCAGGGAGAAGGUGGCCGCUGUUCUGGUCAGUCAAGCACAACUGGAAGCCAUCCAGACGCAAACCAAAGAGCUCCGCGCUGAGGCCCACGCAGGAGAAGCCAUGGGCCCCAGCGUGCAGCUGCGGUCACAGGGCCUCACGGCGCAGGACGGAGCCUCCACAGGGAAGAGGAGUCUGCUGACGGAGAAGCUGAAGGAGCUGGAGGAGGGUUUGAGCGGGAUGCAGAAGGACCAGGAGCUGCAGAAGCAGCUGUUGAGCAGCUCUGAGGAGGAGGUGAUGGAGUACGAGAGGAGGUUAGCCGUGAUGAUCGACCUACUGAACCAAAUGAGAACCAGACCAACCCAUCACAGACCGCCGCCGCCGCCGCCCGCUGAGCCCAGCUCAGUGUUUGAGUCCGGUGAGGGCGGUCAGUCGCUGUCAGAGCUGCUGCAGGAGGUCAAAGGUCAAGCUGCGUCCGCUAAAGAGGAGCUGAACUGCUACAGAGAACUGAGCCACAAGCUUCAGGAGGAGAUCGAGAUGAAGGAGAGCACGAUCACGCAGCUCCAGACGGCUCUCACUCAGGUCUCCUCGAGCGCGCGUGAAGAAGACGCAGCCGAGACGGCUCGACUCCUCCAGGAGCUGCGGGAGGUCAGAGGUCAAGCGAGCAGCACGCAGCAGGAGCUGGAGAGCUGCAGGGGUCAGAGCGUCAGACUGCAGGAGCUGCUGCAGGAGAGAGAGAUGAGCAUCGCUCUGCUGAAGGAUCAGCUGCACCGGGCGUCUCAGGAGGGCGAUCAGUCCACGGCGGAGCUGCUGCAGGAGCUGCAGGAGGUCAAAGGUGAAGCGGCCGCCACCAGAGAGGAUCUGAGGAGCUUCCGGGAGCACAACCUCAAACUGCAGGAGGAGAUCGAGGUCAGAGACGUGUCCAUCGCUGAGCUGAUGCACAAAGUUCAGGAGCUCCAGACAGCUUUGGCCAAAUCCAGCGAGGAGCCGCUGUCCCAGCCUAAAAAGAAAGGAGAGCAUCAUGGGACGGACAGAAGCACAAGAAAAGCCCAGCCGUCUGUUCCUCGCAGGAGCUCCACAGAGCAGUGUGUGAGCGUGUGUGUGCAGACGGAGCCGUCCGGAGCCCAGGAGCUGCAGGAGAUGGUGUUUGCGGGAUACGAGGAGAAGAUCGCACAGAUGCAGGAGCUGCAUGCGGCUGAGAUCCUGGACAUGGAGGCCAGACACAUCUCUGAGAGCGAGACCCUGAGGAGAGAGAACCAGCAGCUGGAGCACGAGUGCGCAGUGCUGAGAGACGCCAUACACACACUCCUGAGCUCCCAGGCUCCGUCAGUGAGGUCUGAACGUCCAGCGGUCUCUCUGUUUAAAGAUGGAUACACCAGUGACAGCGGUUCAGACUGGAGUCAGCGAGCGGGUUACGAUCCUCCUCACCUGCAGCAGGAGAACCGCAGCACACCUGAAGGAGCGCACCGAGACACGGAGCCGGAGCUUCUGCCCGACAGGAUCAAGAGCCUGCUGCACGAGGUCCAUCAGGAGGGCAUGCAGGUGCUGUCUCUCUCCGAGCUGCCGCUGUCCGAAGCGGAUCAACCUCCUCAGAGCUGGAGCAAAGAGAGAGACGCCUUCAUCAACACCGUGGAGUCCCUGAAGCUCCUCAUCAGCAGACUGCAGACGCACACACAGGAGGAUGGCGACUGGCGAGCGGAGCUGCUCUCGGCCGUCCAGCAGGUGUUUGUUCAGGAGCGAGACGUGCUAAAGAACGUCUUAUACUCUCAUCUGGAGCGACUGGACACGGCUGACGCUGUCAUUCAUCUCAACCAGCUGGAGAGAGCGCUAGCGGAGCAGGACGCGAGGCACAGGGAGCUGAUGGCAGCGCUGUUGUCCGCCGACAGAAACAGCCUGCGCUCGGAGAUCCAGCAGCUCAGAGAUCAGCUUCACUCGCUCACGGCGGAGCAAACACAGCGCCACCGUCAGGACAGCGCCGGAACGGAGAGCGAGAGGCCGCCGGUCGAGUCCGGCUCUGAUAGACUGGAGGAGAUGAAGACUGAACUCAACCAGACUAAACUAGAGCUGGAGAGCGCUCUACAGUCACAACACAAACACCUGAAGGAGCUCGACACACUCCGGGCGGAGGUCUCACUGAAGGCUGCUGAGGUCGACACACUGAACGACAGACUGGCUCACGAGCAGAAGAGAGCCAGAGAGCUGCAGUGGGCCUUCGAGAAGGAGAAAUGCAAGUCUGACAGGAAGGAGGAGACCGAGAGAGAGGAAGUGGAGGAUCUGAAGCUGUCUCUGGAGGAGCUGUCGAGCGCUCUGGAGAAGGAGAGACGGGUUUCGGCUCGGCUCAGAGAGCAGGAGCUCAGCGUCUCAGAGCUGCAGGUGCAGUUAGAGGCUCAGAGCGCUCGAUCGGUGGAGCUCAGCGGCGCUCUGGAGAAACAGAAGGAGCUCAACACACAGCUGCUGCAGCGCUUCCAGACGAGCUCCACGUCAAACCCGCAGCCUGAGUCUGAGACACACACCUCCCUCAUGCAGGCCGAGGCCUCCUGCAGCCAGGUGGAGGCCGGCGUUCUCUCUGUGGAGGCUCUCCUGCAGACGCAGCUGGCCGAGAAGCAGACGCAGGUGGUGCAGAUGAUGGAGGAGCUGGAGAGACACAAGCUGGAGGCGCUGCAGCGCAAGCAGCAGUGGGACAAGGAGAAAUCCGCCGCCGCGCAGGACCAGAAUGCACUGCGGGCGACACGCGACGGCCUGGAGAGACGGGCGAGCGAGCUGCAGACAGAGCUGGAGAGAGAGAGAGACGGCGUCAGGAGGCUGGAGAGAGACAGAGACAGACUGCAGGAGACACUGAGACAGCUGGAGGAUCACAACCAGAGCACCAGAUCAGACACCCGGCCUGAGGAUCGAACCCGGGACUGGGUGUUGCAGACGGGAGACGCUCAGACGCUGGAGUCCAACACCGCGUCCCUGCGUGAGGGUCAGAGGUCAGAUCCCAAACACAUGGACAGCAUCCUCAGCAGACUGCAGCUCAUCGCCGCCAAGAUCAACAGCCUGACCAGCGAAAGCCCAGACAGGUUAUCUGGGCAAGCGCCGGACCGGGACAGUCUAGCAUGGCUGCAGAGUAAUGUACAGGAUGUGAUGUCACUGUUACAGCAUAUCCCAUCAGCCCCCUCUGGUCUCCCAGAGAGCACCACGCUGCUGGUGGGAGGAUCGUCCAGUCUGCUAAACGAGCGUUUACUCAGACAGAACGCAGAGCUCACGGGAUUUGUUAGCAGACUGACAGAAGAGAAGAACGACCUGCGAAACCAGUUACUGAAGCUGGAGGAGGAGCUGCGCAGAUACAGACAGAAGAAAACCUCCACCGAGAGCAGUUGGAUCCGGGCUGGCGGGGAGCGUCAGGAGCUGGUGGUGUUUUCUAGCGAGCGUGACUCGUGGGCUCAGGAGAGGAAUCGUUUGGAGAAGUCUCUCCGUCAGGCCGAGGCAGAACUGACUCGUCUGAGAGCAGAGAUUCGCUCUGAAACGCUGCGGGAUCUGACCGGAGCCGAUCUGGACAACGCGGCCCUCAGGAGGAUGUAUGGGAAAUACCUGCGCGCCGAGAGCUUCCGGAAGGCUCUGAUCUAUCAGAAGAAGUAUCUUCUGCUGCUGCUGGGAGGAUUUCAGGAGUGUGAGGAGGCCACGCUGUCUCUGAUCGCCCGGAUGGGCGGCUUCCCCGCACACACCUGUCUGGAGUCUGUGAGCCAUCAGCGCAGGGGCUUCACACGCUUCAGAUCGGCCGUGCGCGUCUCCAUCGCCCUCUCCAGGAUGAGGUUUCUGGUGAAGCGAUGGCAGAGAGCAGCUGGAGGAAGUGUGACGUCUCAGAUUGUCAACAGAAACGGCCUCGCUCAGAUCACAGGUGCGGAUGUGAGGAACGAGUCGUCGUAUCUUCACCCCGGCGGUGUGGAGGCGUUCAGAGAGAGACGAACGACCAGCCGCGGACGUACGGGACGAGACUCCCCUCGCUCCGCUGCAUCGCUCCAGCACAGGUUUCACUCGAUGGCCGGUGACGGCGGAGGUUUGCAGUGUUCACACCUGCAGAACUACGACCCUGACCGCGCUCUCACCGACUACAUCUCUCGUCUGGAGGCUCUGCAGAGACGUCUGGGCAGUGUGCAGUCAGGUUCCUCUUCGUACGCUCAGUUGCACUUUGGAGUCAGAAGAUGAAGGUCUUCAUUUACAUUGAAACUGGCUUGAAGAAACUCAGUUGCCUUCUCUUGUGCUGAGCUGCUGUGCUUUUGUAUUCUGACGAUAAACGUGUACAAUUCUGUGGGACCAAAACCACGUUUGUUUCUUUUGUUUUGUGUUUGCGUGAGUCAUCUUAUAAUCAAGCUUUCGUUGGCAGCACUUGAAACCGCUUCAACGUCUGUACAUUAGUUCUACCUUAUUUGUUGUUAAAGGAAAGCAAUCAUGUUACUGUAUAUUUGUGGAAUGCUAAUUUAAGUUGAUUAAUUUAAGAGGUGUUGAGAGAGUUUGGACCAGGACGGCUGCUAUCGGACUCUGGAUAACACGGCUGCUGCGCUUCACGACGCUGUACUCGUCAGAAACACUAACCAAACGAGCCUCGUUAAGGCUUUCAGAGCUUCGUCGUGCGCAGCGGCUCGCUGUUAUCAGAUACUCUACACUGUGUUUUAUUCGCUCGCUCCCAUGAAAAGAGCUGAGGACAUUUGUAGAAGACAUAUUUUUGUAAAGGUAGGAGCUUCGGAUUUUAUGGGUAUUUUGUCAAAACUGAAAUAAAAAUUAAUAUAAUAUUUGAAAACUG